CGUUUCGAGUGCCGAGCGGCGUUUCCUCGACGAUCGACGUACACGUAGCGGUUAAAUUGGCACGCGUGCAAAUCCGCGGAACGCGACGCGGGAAUUUUCGACGGUGAUGGACUGGCAAUAAUCAUCGGAUCGCGAUCAAACCCGCGAUCGAACGUCCAUUGUUCUCGAUUGCGGUGUGAUUUCCGGUUUUCCUGUACUUCUGCGCUUCUGGCGAUUCUCUAAAAGCAUCAAUUAGCAUAAAAUUAUCGACCCGCAUUCGAAAAGGAAAACAAAAUGUCCGAAUACUGCGAAUAUAUGUGGUGCGAUCCCGCUCGAGGUCGUAGUAGUUUGGUCCGUAGCAUUUAUGAGGAGGGAGGCAGAUUCGAUAAACGUGAUAAGAAACUAGCCAUUAAGACUGUCAGGUCUAUACUUCGGCAAAUGCCGGAUGUAGACCUGGAACAUUGCACGGAUGAGUAUAUCACGCGCUUCCUGCUAGCCCGGAAGUACCGCACCGAGCAGGCAGCGGCUUUGAUAGCCGCUUAUCAGGCGCAAAUAACACAUCGCCAGGAUAUCUUCGGUAAUCUCACUGCCCGGGAUCCGGCAUUGCAGCGUGCGCUUCGCGCAGGUAUACCGGGUGUCUUACCUGCACGUGACAGGAAAGGCAGAUGCGUGCUGGUUAUUUUGGCGUCGCAAUGGGAUCCUGUAGCUGUACCCGCAUUGUCCGUUCAACGAGCGAUAUUCUUAGUUCUGGAAAUACUUAUUCAAGAUCCUCGAAAUCAGCAAUCCGGUUUCGUCGCCGUGGUAGACUGGAGCGGAUUCUCGUUACGGCAGGGGGGGGGGUUGGGGGGAUUUCCCGCCCGAUUCAAGGCGAUACACUUCCUCUCGGCGCCGCUCUACGUCCAGGCAACUCUGGCCCUGGUGAAACCGUUUUUGGAUGAGAAGACACGGAAUAAGAUUUAUCUGCACGGCAACAAUCUCAGUACGCUUCACGAACACCUGCCAACGGACAUCCUGCCGGCGGAGCUCGGUGGAACGGGGCCAGCCUUCAACCCGGGAUUAUGGGCCGAGCCGGUCAUCCACUCGGCGAUGAAAGAGGCCGAGCUCGCCGCCGCCGCCGCUAAAAAGGGAAAAGACCAUCAUGUCGAUGUGCAAGAACCGGCCAACCUUCGAGACGGAUCGGAAACCGCAAACGAAAACCAUCAGAGGAGCGAUGGCUUGGACGUUCCAAUGAAUGCGGAUAAAACAUUCUUGAACAAUUCCGACAAUUUCACAAAACUCUCUUAUGGGAGAGCGCUGCAAAUGGAUGUAGAGCUAGAUGUAAUAAAUAAGCGAUUGAACAAACAGAAAGAGGCGACGGGAUCAGUAAGAAAUAACGAGGACAGAGUUAAGGAACAAUUACACGAACGAAUCAGUAACGGAAACAUAAACGAGGCGCGUCAUUCUGAAGAUAGAACAGAUCAGACCAAUACUAUUGACUUGGCGUUUUUUGACGCGGAUAUCAACUUGAACGAGUUUGAGAUGAUUUCCAGCAGGUCGUGCAACGAGAGCAAGGACAACUCGUUGGACAAUAGAUUAGAAGAAAGAGCUCUCAUCACCACCGGCAAUAGCGAAACACCGUCGGAGAAAACGAAUCUCAUAACGUAAUGUCGAUCUCUAUAGAUCUAAGUAUUUGUAAUACUUACUGAUAGAAAUCUAUCUUUUCCUGCUAAAUGAAUUUUUUAUAGGUGACGCGAAUCUCUAAAUAAUGGCUCGAACAGUCUCGAGAUAUCGUAAUUUUAUGAUCGCAACAAAUUCUCUUGUAGACUAUUUUCUAGAUAUAAUUUGGCUCGAUGCUUUUCUGGUUAUGGAUUUCCGCUUUCUUGGAAUGUAUAAAAUCAGGAAGUGAAAUUUUUAUAUUGACCUUAAAAUAUCAUUAGAAAUGAGUAUUACAAGCGCACUGAAAAGUCGUCGAACGUUUUCAAUAAUUUUUAUCCUUGAACUGUACUUAUAAAACAUGCAAAAAUAUUAAAUUUGUAUUAAAGUUUAUAAAAAUAUACGACAAAUUUAAUAAUGUUAUGAUCCUUGCAUUAGGUAUGUUUAACUUAAUUAUGACAAUGUGGUAUCUGUUUUAUUAAAUUAUACAUAGGCAGCUCUUCCUAAAACAAUUUAAUUAAUAUUAAAGAGACUAUAAUAGAAAAAUAAGGGCUGUUCAUGCUAUUUCGUGAUCAUUCUGAUAUAUUUAAUAGGAACCAAGUAUGUUUUGCAAAAUUUGUAACGAAAAUUUGUGAUUGGUAAAAUGUCUUUUCUGUAGUUAUGAGAACUGAAAAAUGAAUGAGCCUGAGACAUUUCGUGAAAUAUAUAAAUAUCAUACAUUACAAAUAGUGCAGUCUUAAUGAAAUC